AGAGGACGUUAUUUAGAUAAUCCAGCUGCGAGAAGUGAAUAAAAAAGGCUACUUAACUGCUGCACUUUAACAUGUACUCAAAUAAAAUCGAAGGACCACGUAGAGGAAGAUCUUUUGACUCCAUGAACAUUGGCUUUGAAGAGAAACUGCUGAACAAUGAGAUAAACAAAUCAACCUUUACAAAAAUUGAAGAAAACACUGAAAAGAAGAAUACAUCAGAGAAAGGGAGAGCAACAAUCAUCUUUUCCCUCAAGAAUGAAGUGGGAGGACUUGUGAAGGCACUCAAACUCUUCCAGGAAAACCAUGUCAACCUUGUGCACAUAGAGUCCAGAAAAUCCAAAAGACGCAGCUCUGAGUUUGAAAUUUUUGUGGACUGCGACAGCAACCACGAACAACUGAAUGAAAUCAUCCAGCUGCUUCGGAAGCAUGUGAAUGUGGUCGACAUGGAGCCUCCAGAUAACUCGUGUCUACAAGAGGAAGAGAUGUAUAAUGUUCCCUGGUUCCCAAAGAAAAUUGCCGACUUGGACAAGUGUGCUAACCGUGUCCUGAUGUACGGCUCCGAGUUGGAUGCAGAUCAUCCGGGGUUCAAAGAUAAUGUCUACCGGAAAAGGCGAAAGUACUUUGCUGAUCUUGCCAUGGCCUACAAACAUGGGGAUCCCAUACCUCGCAUUGAGUUCACAGAGGAGGAGGUGAAGACUUGGGGUGUUGUGUACAGGGAGCUUAACAAGUUGUACCCCACCCAUGCCUGCCGGGAAUACUUGAAGAACCUGCCACUGCUGUCCAAAUACUGUGAAUGUCGGGAGGACAACAUCCCUCAGCUGGAGGAUGUCUCACGCUUCCUCAGGGAACGUUCCGGAUUUACCAUCAGGCCUGUGGCGGGUUACUUGUCCCCGCGGGAUUUCCUUGCUGGUUUAGCCUUCCGUGUUUUCCACUGUACCCAGUAUGUGCGGCACAGCUCCGACCCCUUAUACACCCCAGAGCCAGACACAUGCCAUGAGCUGCUGGGUCACGUCCCGCUGCUAGCAGAGCCCAGCUUCGCCCAGUUUUCUCAGGAGAUCGGUCUCGCUUCACUUGGAGCCUCAGAUGACUCAGUUCAGAAACUGGCCACAUGCUAUUUCUUCACUGUGGAGUUUGGCCUAUGCAAACAAGAAGGGCACCUGCGAGCUUACGGAGCUGGACUGCUGUCAUCUAUCAGUGAGCUGAAGCAUGCGCUCUCUGGUAAUGCAAGAAUAAUGCCUUUCGACCCGAAGGUUACAUCCAAGCAAGAAUGCAUCAUCACAACAUUUCAGGACGUCUACUUUGUCUCGGACAGCUUUGAGGAGGCCAAAGUAAAGAUGAGGGAGUUUGCCAAGACCAUCAAGCGUCCCUUCACAGUCCGAUACAACCCCUACACCCAGAGCGUGGAUGUGCUAAAAGACACUCCCAGCAUCAACAGCGUGGUGGAGGAGCUUCGGCACGAGCUGGACAUCGUCGGCGACGCUCUCAGCCGGCUGAACAAGCAGCUGGGUGUCUGAGCAGCCGCGGUUCAGUUGAAGUCGUUCACCUAAAGCCCAUCGACGCUCGCUGUGUCACCCCCGGCUCUGUUGUAGAGAUGUUGCUUGUGUGUUGCCCUUUGUCAGUACAAUGAAUGUGCACUGCUUUUGGGCAAAAUCCUCUGUUGUCUUCAUUGGCUCAUAUUUACAGGUAUGUUUAUCCAAAAGUUUCAGUAAAUCUCACAAACCCAAAGAGCUACUUAAUCUGCAGCACUAUUUUGCUUCCAUUGUACUUGUCAAUUGCAUUAUGUACUCCAAACGAUUAAUAUGUUUCCCUGGUACUUUAGUACUCUUUAAAAACACCCCAAGCUGUUACGAACGUGUGUGAGCUCCUUCCCUUAUCGUUAACUCUGCUGUUGUAUAUGAUCAUGUGAAUUUUUUUUUGUAAUUCUUAUCAUUCUUCUUCUUCACAUUUAAUCUUCCACACUUCAGCGAUAUGUAUAAAAUGCUCUUUGUUUGUAUUCUUUUGAUGUAUGUAUCAUGUUCCUUUUUGUUUGCUGUUGAAGGAAAUUAUGAAAGCAAAAACUGCUUUCAUAAUGGAUAUAACAGAUUUGGCCCACGUACGUAAUUUAUUUUACAGUGAUGAUUUUGAAUACCUCCUAUUCAAGUGAAUAUAAUUGUAGUACUCCAGAAAUCAAAACAUUAUUUUUCUACUGUAAAGAAAUAUAGACAUUAGGAAUAGGCUAUGUAUCAAAACUGAAAAAAAUGAAAUAAAAAUGUCCAUUAUGUCUUCA